AUGCGCUUCGCGGCUUUCACUGUCCUUGUCGCGAUCUGCGCAGCAGUGCCGAUGAGGAAGAGGAUAGAUGAUGAUGACUCCAUAUCUGCCAUCGCUCCUCUCAAGGCCUCGAGCAUUCCUGGCCCGUCAUGCACGCUCUACAACAACUCUGGGGGCUGCAACGACGACCCCUGCUGUACUUGGUGCGGAACCAUCUUCAACGCGACGAAGCCAGGCUUUUGCAUGAUGAUUACCCCCUUCCCUAUCCCGACUCUGCAGUGCCAGAAAGCUCCUACCACUUGCGGUCAAUUCAUGAGUCUCCCAGACUGCGACGAGCACAGCGAUUGCAUGUGGGUACCCGAGGGCCCGAUCUCCGCCAAGACUGGCAUGUGCGUGUACAACUGGGACAGCUGCAAGACGCCAACGAGCGAGAGAUCGACUGUGCACAAGAAGGCCAAGAAGUCUCAUUCUACUGCCCCCUCCCCUCCUGCUCCUCCUAGCCCGCCGACUCCUCCCACUCCCCCCGCGCCCCCUGCCCCGAUCAUGUGCAACAUGACAACAGCAGAGGAGUGCGAUGCGACCCCAUGCUGCCAGUGGUGCGGAUCCAUCUAUAACACAACCGCACCAGGCUGGUGCAUGAAAGUGCUCCCUGUGCCCAUCCCCGCGAUGAAGUGCUCCAAGGGAAACAUGAAGUGCACGGCCUUCAAGACGGAGCUGGCUUGCAACGCUUCUGCAUCAGUUGGAGCGUCCUGCAAGUGGGUGCCCUUCGGCCCUCCAGGAAGCAUCAAGGGAAUCUGCAUCUCUGGGUGUGAUUAG